AUGGCCCCCUCUGCUAUCACCCCCGAGACCUCCCCUGAGCGCCAGGUCUUCGCCAAGAAGGCUGCCGUUCAGACUCGCUCCCACGCCAGCUCCGUCUCCUCCGUCGCCUCCAUCACCCUCAACGACGGCAACACCAUCCCCCAGGUCGCCCUCGGCGUCUACAAGGCCCCCAACGGCCAGGAGACCGAGGAUGCCGUCACCGCCGCGCUGGACGCCGGCUACCGCCACAUCGACUCGGCCGCCCGGUAUGCCAACGAGGAGGCUUGCGGCCGCGCCAUCCGCCGCUGGCUCGAGAAGACGGGCACUCCCCGUGAGGAUGUCUUCAUCUGCUCCAAGCUCUGGGACGCCGAUCACGGCUACGAGGCCACCUUCAACGCCCUCUGCUCCUCUCUGGACAAGUUCGGCCUCGACUACCUCGACCUGUAUCUGAUCCACUCCCCUGCCGAGGACGAGCAGAAGCGCCUCGAGAGCUGGCGCGCCCUUGAGACGGCCCAGAAGCUCGGCAAGGUCAAGUCGAUUGGCGUCUCCAACUUUGGUGCCGCCCACAUCAGCAACCUCCUCGAGAACGCCUCGGUUGUCCCCGCCGUCAACCAGGUCGAGGUGCACCCCUUCUGCCAGCGCGAGGCCCUGGUCGAGCUCUGCAACAAGCACGGCAUCAAGAUCGAGGCUUACUCCCCCCUGGCCCGCGGCAACAAGCUCGAGGACCCCACCAUCAACGCCAUCGCCGCCAAGUACGGCAAGACGCCCGCUCAGAUCCUCCUCAACUGGAACGCCUCGCGGGGCAACGUCGUCCUGCCAAAGAGCCUGACGGCCAGCCGCAUCCAGAGCAACCUGGAGAGCUUCGACUUCAAGCUCGCCCAGGAGGACAUUGACACCAUCAACGCUCUUGGCGAGGAGAACUACGUCACCGGCUCCAUGCACAAGUCUGCAGACUGA